GAUCCCGUCGAUGCGGUUGCGGGCGACGGCGACCAGUCGAAGCCGCGGGGCAAGGGCAAGGACGGCAAGAGUACGGGCAGCACGGCGUCGAUCUCCACCAUGGAUGUCCCGUCCCUGCUCAAGAUGGCGGCGAACGGCACCGAGAACCAGGAUUUGAAGAAGCUGCUGCAGGGUGAGGCGGCCAAGUUGGAUCCCGUGGUCCACACCCCCGCCGACGGCACGGCCGAGGCGCUGAAGCGCGCCGUCGGCGCGUGGCGGGACGCUGACCACAAACACACCCAGGCAGCCGCCAAUGUCGUGAGGCUGCAGGCCAACCUCGACCUGGCCCUCCAGCGCGAGCGAGCGGCAGCGCUCACCCUCGCUCAGGCUGAGCGGGCCAAGAAGGCAGCCACGGCCGCUAUGGCCCAGGCUGAAGGAGUCGGCGCGCAGCCGCGGGAGGAGGAGACUGGGCAGCGUCCCAAGUUCGCCCUCUCCUGGGAUCGUACACUCUUUGAAGGCCUCGAGGACUUAGAAUGCGAAGAGAAUGAGCGGGCGGAUCUGCGGAAGGUUAAGACCGACCUCGAGCAGCUCCAGGCCCAUCUCACAGGCAAGGAGGCCGAGGUUUCGGCCAUGUUCGAGAAGGCGCACGCGGUGAAGCACGCCAUCGCGGAGCGCCUCAAGAAGAAGCGGAAGACCGAGGGCGGCCCCGCCGAGACGGGCAGCGGCGUCGGCGGGAGCGAGGGGGCCAGCGGCGCCGCAACGGCGACCGAGGCUCAACCUGCUCCCGCGUCGACGGCGGCUGACACGCCCGUUGGCGAGGCCGACGAUGAGGAGCCGAGGGCCGCGGCUGAGAAGAUAUCGGCGGCCAAGCUCCUGGCUCAGAAGAAGGUCUUGGAGGAGCAGAAGGCGAACGCAGCCAAGUCGGCCGGCAAGGGCAAGGGCGGUCAACCAGCUGAUGCAGAGGCGUCGGCCUUGAAGGGCACGGGCGAGGCUGGCAUUUCGGGGCCCUCUCCGCUGCACGGGGACAAGUGCGACGACUUGUCAUCUUUAUUCUUCGCCAAUAUCACAUGUAUUGGUGAUAAAGCGUGGAAGCACCUCUCCACUCACAAUUUCGAUAUCGUGGGUGCAGUCGAGACUCAUGUGGCGGAGUCUGAUAUUUCUGCAUGGGAUAAGAAGGCUCGGCGCGCGGGCCUCAAACUUUUACCUAACCCCGCCAGGGGUCGGGACAAGCGCGUUUCGAAGCAGCAGCAGUCCAGGGCCAACGAGGGGGGCGAGUGGGUUAUGUGCAAGGGCCACCUGUAG